AAUACAUCAACUAAACUGUCUGCUUUAUCAUCUUUUUUUUUAAAACAGCAGCCUUAACAGGACGGAGAGUGUGAGAAAGAAGAGCACAAAGAAGAGGAGAGAGAGAGAGAAAGACAAAGAGACUGUUUUUGUGCGUUACCCAUUCGAGGAAUCAAAGCAUCUUUUCUCGAGCUCUCACAAAGGAGAAGAAGACAAGAAGAAGAUAAGGGUGAAAUUAGGGUUUCAUCUCUCUCUUAGAUAAGUGCUGUCCAUCUUGGGAGAUUAAGUAGCCUGAACCUGGAGAUAAGAUCUUGGUGCAUCUUCUCAUAAGAGUGAGUGUUUGGAGAUUUUUAUGGCUACGAGAACUCUUGUAGUUUGAAGAGAGACUCCCACAAGCUGUGAACCGGGUCAUGAAUGCGUGGCUAGGGACAUGCUCGAACCAAGGGGAGCGGACAUACCUUUAUUGUUCUUGGUUUUGGUUGUGUUUCCUGUGGUAGCUUACAUAUUAUUAGGUAAAUGGAGUGAUAUUUCUAAAAAGAGAGGGAGGGCUAACUUGCUGGCUCAGAUGGCAGCUGAAGAAGCUUUUAUAGCUGAGACCGAAGUUAAUGUGAAUAGGGGUGUAAGAUUUGAGGCUGCGGCUACAGAGAAUAGAGGUCUAAGAACCAAGACCAAGGCCGCCGUUUCUGCUGCGAGUGGUGCUGUAAGAGAUGAUUUUGUGUCUGGUGUGAGUGGGACUGUCGCUGAGCAGAGAUAUGAGUCUGUGGCUGCUACGUGUGGGGUCCCUGUUAGUAAUGAGUUUCAUGUAUGUGCAAGGUGUUUUAGUCCUGCUAAGACACGCUGCUCGAGAUGCAAAUCUGUUAGAUACUGCUCUGGGCAGUGCCAAAUAAUUCACUGGAGGCUAGCUCAUAAAGAUGAAUGUAUCCCUGUGGAGGCUUGCUCUUCUUCAUCUGAGAGGGCUUCCUUUGAGAAUGAGUCUGUUUUGCAUGACCAAGACAUGGAUGCUACAAUGUAUAGUAACGGUACCAAGCAGAAAGCGAAGGGAAAGACUUCAAAAAGCUCUGUAGAAUUUGAAAGCUUGGGUAUCUCUACACCACAAGUCAACACGCCAGGGAGAAAAAGCGUAGGAAAACCAAAUUCUUCUAAGUCCAACAGAGAAUCAUUUAGUGGUGAAGCUGCUUGUGCUGGUGGAGAAUACAAGAAGGGUCAGACAAAACAUAAGUCGAGAAGCACAAUCGGUGCUGCUGUGGAAACAAAUUCUAGAAGGCAUUCUGUUGAUAACUCAUGUAUGCAAAUGAAUGGACAAGCUUUUGUAAGUGGUAUGCAAGAAACUUGUGAAAGCAAUUUGGGAGCAAGAGGCUCUUUUGGUUGUCCAAACGCACAAUAUCCUUCCAACGGGACCAGAACUGCUACACUGCGCAAAUCCGGAGAACAACCAUGCACAGAGACGAGUAAGAAGGGACUGGUCCCUGCAGUAUCAAAGACUGUUAGGUCUAAGGAUACAUGCAUUGCUGAAGAAAGCAAUGGUAUCUCCUCAACCAUGGGUUUAAUGAAAAUGAUGGGUUUAAGAAACUCUACAAAGCAUGGUGAUCGACAUCAAAACCUGAGAAUGAUUUUUCCAUAUGAGGAGUUUGUUAAGUUCUUUCAAUGUGAGGUGUUUUACUUAUCACCUAGAGGCCUCGUGAAUUGUGGAAACAGUUGCUAUGCAAACGCUGUCUUGCAAUCUUUAACAUGCACAAAGCCACUCGUUGCUUAUUUGCUUCAACGAUCACAUUCAAGAUCUUGUUCUGGGAAAGAUUGGUGCCUUAUGUGUGAACUUGAGCAACAUGUAAUGAUGCUUAGAGAAUCUGGAGGUCCACUUUCUGCUAGCAGAAUUCUCUCACAGAUGCGGAGUAUAAAUUGUCAGAUUGGUGAUGGGAGUCAAGAAGAUGCUCAUGAGUUCUUAAGGCUUUUAGUUGCCUCUAUGCAAUCAAUAUGUUUGGAGAGACUUGGAGGUGAGACUAAAGUGGAUCCAAGACUGCAAGAAACAACCUUAGUUCAACAUAUGUUUGGUGGACGUCUCCGCUCAAAGGUGAAAUGCUUGAGGUGUGGUCAUGAAUCAGAAAGAUACGAGAACAUAAUGGAUCUCACACUAGAGAUAUACGGAUGGGUAGAAUCUCUUCAAGAUGCGUUGACUCAGUUUACUAGACCAGAAGAUCUCGAUGGAGAAAAUAUGUAUAGAUGCAGCAGGUGCGCUGGAUAUGUUAAAGCAAGAAAAGAAUUGAGCAUUCAUGAAGCACCAAACAUUCUCACAAUUGUUCUUAAGAGAUUCCAGGAAGGAAGAUACGGGAAAAUAAACAAAUGUAUAAGCUUUCCUGAAAUGCUGGAUAUGAUACCUUUCAUGACGAGAACAGGAGAUGUUCCUCCUCUUUAUAUGCUUUACGCUGUUAUAGUUCACCUGGAUACUCUCAACGCAUCUUUCUCGGGUCAUUACAUUUCCUAUGUCAAAGAUUUGAGAGGCAACUGGUUCAGAAUUGAUGAUUCCGAGAUUCAUCAAGUGCCAAUGACGCAAGUUAUGUCAGAAGGAGCUUACAUGUUGUUCUACAUGAGAUCGUAUCCGCGUCCUCUAAGAGGAGAACCCAACGGAAAAGCUCAGGUUCGGCAUUCACUGUCACAACCAAGAGACGAGAUGAAGGAACAGAGGAAACCAGUUAACCGCUUCAAACCGAGAGCGGACCACCACAAGAACUUAGAGUCAUCAAGCGAGUGGUCUCUCUUCACGAGCUCAGACGAAGCUUCAUUCACCACAGAAUCAACCAGGGACUCUUUCAGCACCGUGGACUACACAGAUGGGUGCAACGUCUUAGACUCUUCCUCUCCUUUCUCCAUCUUCAACAACUUACGCCACAACGUGGAGCCGUCGCCGCACAACACCGUCGCCUGCAGAAUGUUCUCAGGUACCAAGUCAGAAACCCGGUAUUUCGUGGAGGAAGAAACGAAUCACAACAACACGGUCGUGAUGGACUCAGCACCAACAUCCCAUGUUAUUACCAGCAGAGUAUGUAUGUAAACGAUGAGACUAACCCAGGGUUUAACUGUCAGGAUCAAACUUACAGUUAUGAACAAAACUGGUAGUAGUAGUAGUAGAAGAGAGUAGAGAGGAUUCUGUUCUGAACCUCCCAUGAUUUUUAAAUAUGUUUAGAUCUCUCUUAGGGAUGCUUAACUCGAGUGCCCUAAUCCAUUUUUUUUUGUCUUUAUGAUAUAUCUAUAUUUGGUUCAGGGCAAAUGUUCAGUCUCAUUUUACCAUAUUUUUCCUGUUUCUGUAUAUUCUUUAGUCUAACUGUGAGCUAUACUCGAGCCACCAUGUAAGCUGAGUAUAAUGGAAGUCACUAGUUACCAAACCCUGAAGAAAACUGUGCAGGUGUGUAACCAAAUAAACUGCAAACGCAAGUCACUAUCUGAAAACACAAUAGAAGUUGUUGUCCCUCUUUCAUAUUUAUGUGCUUGAAGCUCUUUAGAAUUUAGAAAUGUGUAGUAAAGUAUAAUAACUUUAGAAGACAUGAUAUUUCAUUUUCUCUUCUAGUCUACUAAGAAACACCUUGGAAGAUUUAUAUCUUGCUUCAAACAUGCAAUCAUUUUCACUAGUAUAUAUGAGAAAUAAUUUACAUAUUACUUGUUUUACUAUGGCUUGUUUGGACAUACCGUCCCCGCCUAAGAUCAAGUUGGUAGGAAACUAACAGAUUUUGUGAAAAGGAAAGAAAGAGACAUGUUUUUGUCAUGCUUACAACCUUUAUCCGUUGAUAAAUAUUCUCAACCGCAGACCCAGAAAAAUAUAUAUUAUUGUUUCCUUCUUAUAAAAGAGAUGUAAACACACCAAACAUUUUCAGAUUUAAGUUUCCUUCUUACUUCUUAGAGGGGACAAUAUAAUUGAUUCUAGUUUUUGUAACCAACCAUCAUGAUCAGUUUCCAAAAAGAAUGGAUACUUACACUUGUAUCGUCGUGAGCCUCUGCAUCGCCUUGUUUGCUAUCAAUCUAGUGUUUUCUUGUUUCACUUGCUUCUCCGUUCUUCAUAGCUGCGUGACAGAUGCAAACAAGGAUUUGAAUGACCUCAGGAAGAAUCUUAUUGAACGGGAAGAAGGUAAACCAGAUGAUGAUGAGGUGAUAAUCAUUGCAGUCCCAAGAAACAAAGGAUUAGCCGACUCCAUGGAUGGUGAUGAUUGUGGUGGCCAAGAUUGCUCCCAGGAUAUUUGUACUUGUUGAAGAAAGUUUGGUUUCUAUUUUCAUUACACAAUACUUAAAAUCAUGUUUUGCAAUUUUUCUUUGAUCAUUCAUACUUGUGAAUGGUUCAAUACCAAGGUUGAGACGUGAGAGUAGGAGCAUCACAUCCAUAGAAAUAUCCUGAAUAUUUUCAUUCUUUCAUUGUGUAUGAGUGUAUCAUGAGAGAAAUAGUCUCAAAUUAUGUAUGUAUUAUAGUCUCAAAUUCACCAUGUUUGAUACAUGGCUCUGUAAUGAAAUUUGUUUUCUUGAUGUUA